AUGGAUAAACCCGUGGUUCCAGAGGCUCCGGCUGUUCCUGGGCCACCAGAGCUGCCCUACUCGCUCAGAUCCAGGAAACGCUCCAUUGCUAUAUUCUGGACACUUUUUGUCAUCGAUACUCUGGUCCAGCCGUUGGUCCUUUACUUUACCUUGUGGUAUUGCACUAGCUUGUCACAUAACUUGGUGUUUACCAUAAGUACCGCCGCGCUAGGAGGGGUCGCGGUCGUUGAAUAUUUUUAUCGAUUCUAUAACCUAUUCAGAAAGAACUCGAAAGUAAGACCGUUGAAUGCAAGGAGAUCAUGGCUUGACUUCUUUCAGGUAAAUUUUACAAUAGUAUGGCUCAUCCUGGCUGUGGAGUUAAUCAUAGGAACCGUCCAAGAAGAGCCAUACAUCCGUCUUCUUGCGAUGCCACUACCAACAGUGAUGUUCUACUUCGGAUUUGUCCAUUUAACGCUAGACUUUCUUCGUGCCCGAGGUUAUCAGGCUCCUUUUCGCAUAUCCUCCACACCGAAGGGUUAUGUUAUGCCCACAGCCCUAUACGUAUUGAUAGAAGACGUCGUUGCUGUGGACGGUGGGGGUGGGCAGGUAUACCGAAGGGCCCUUCGUGACAGAUACCUCUCCAGCCCAUACUUCAGACAAAUGCUUUUUGAAAUGAACUGUUUCUGGGGCGGUGGUUCAGUCAUUUUUGCGGCCGUAAUAACUGCGCUGGUUUUUACUACCCCUAGGGAUGUGGCAUAUACCCUCGGAUGGUCUCUUCCUUUCGUAUGGGCAGGCACUUGGGCCAUUAUCACUGUUCCAUGGGUCCAAGCUGAUCUUCGCAAGGAGAAGGCUGCUUGGGGGAAAUAUUCCCUUCACGGAGAACCCUACACCGAUGACAUCACAUGCUCCACGCCCCAGACUCGAUUUUUAUCAGUUUCUGGCCGACUAAUAUCCUCGUUACCAUUCCAGCGGCCAGGAAAGCCAGCGAGAGCCGAAGUUGAUAACACCCAAUCUGGAUACAAUUCUGAGAUUGUAUAA